AUGAAGAAAAUAAUUCACAAUAACAAAGAGAACAAUAACAAUAACAAAGAGAACAGGAACAAUAACAAAGAGAACAGGAACAAUAACAAAGAGAACAAUAACAAAGAGAACAAGAACGUAAACAAAGUGUCCACAAAUAAGGGUCAAAAGCAGGCACAGCAAACACGAUACUCUAUUUUCGCUGGAGAUAAGUACGACCUUCACCGGCCUAUUGUGUCCAGAGUCUAUAAAGAUGAGAGCCAACUUAAGAAUCUUUGGUUUGAUAUUCCUAAAGGAUGGUCUUUAUUCCAGACCUUAGGAAAAAGGAAAGCCAUCCAUGCCUAUUCUGAAGAGAAGGAGGCUAAAAAGACCAAAUUAGUGGUAAAGGAUGAAAAGUCUGGUUAUUGCGCGAAUUGUGGGUUAUUUUAUGAUUGCCUUGAAUCACAUAGACAAACAACUAUACAUGAACAAUUUUCAAAUAAUGGUAAUAAUUUUAAAGAAUUGGAUGAAGUUUUAAAAGAAUUUAUAAAAUUAAAACGUAGGAGAAAUUAA